AUGAAACUCAAGGGCUUGAUGCUCGGCGUAGCAGCUGCUGCUACCGCUACCACCGCCCAGGCAGCCGAUCUUCCGGUUGCUCCGGAGCCGGUCGACUACGUUCGCGUCUGUGACGCUUACGGUUCGCGCUUCUACUACAUCCCGGGCACAGAAACCUGCCUGCGUGUUGGUGGUCGUCUUCGUACACAGUUCGUUGUCAACAACGUUCUUGACAAUGAUGGGCGUGGCAACUGGUCGGACCGUGAUUCUGAAGGCUAUUCCUGGCUGACACGCGGUUACGCAUACCUCGAUGCUCGUAACGCUACUGAAUUCGGCACCCUGCGUGCUUAUGUCGGUCUGCGCAUGGACAUCACCAACGGCGCCAGCGGCUUCAAGCUGGACUCCGGUUACAUCCAGUGGGGCGGCCUGACAGCUGGUUACCUCGGAUCUAACUUCAACACCUACACCGGUCAGGUGUUCAUGGGUGUUGUCACACGUGACUGGGCUGAUACCACGGUCAACCAGAUCGCUUACACCGCUGCAUUCGGCAACGGUUUCUCCGCAACGCUUGCUGUCGAAGACCGUUCCGGUCACGAAGUUGGCGCUUACGGCGGAACACGUAUGCCUGAUUUCGUUGCUGCUCUCGGCGUAUCCCAGGGUUGGGGUUCCGCACAGCUCUCCGGUGCUCUUCACCAGGUUUAUCCUGAUGCGGCAUUCAACAGCACGAAUGCUUCUGGCGAUGAAGACAGCCUCGGCUGGGCAAUCGGCGCUGGUGUGAACGUCAAUCUGCCGUUCGCAAACUCCGGUUCCAACAUCUUCUUCCAGGGUUUCUAUGCUGACGGCGCUCUGAAGUACAUCGGUAACGGCAUCACUGGCGUUUCCGUUGUCAGCAGCACCGGUACAACACUUGGUUCCGUGGCCGACUACGGCGGAAACGGCGACAAGAGCACUGGUUACUCCCUGUCUGCUGGUGUGUACAUUCAGGCAACCCCGACCAUAGGUCUGGCAGUUGACGGUUCUUAUGCACACGUUGACCAGAAUGACUUCGUUGGCACCACCGACGCAGACAUCGAUCGUUGGGCAAUCGACGGUUCGGUACAGUGGGAGCCGGUCUCCGGUUUCGUCAUGGGUGCCGACAUUGGUUACUCCAACACAAGCGCUGACAUUUCCGGUCAGAGCGUCAACGAUCUCGACGAACUCCUCUUCGGUGUUCGUAUGCAGCGCACUUUCUAA